AUGUCUAACAUUUCUAAAGAUACUACGAAAAACAAUUCAUCUUUGACGCUGAAAGAUAUUGAUUUUGAUAUUGGCGAAAGAAACAAGUGUACUGUGUCUUGUUCAGAUACCAAUGAUGCCAGCAUCCCGUUGUUACCGUACAACUUCCCUAUCAAGAAAACUGGUUUAAAUCACUUGGGGAAUACAUAUUAUUUGAAUAGCGUUCUACAAGCUCUUUUCAUGACGAAAUCUUCCCGGAAUGGAGUGAUUUCAUGCAACAAAGACUUUCCUGAACUAUUUCUCAAGAUACAAGAACUCUUCGUUUUGUUGCAAUUCUCAAAGAAGGUUUCACUUUCUCCUUUAGAAAUUUCCGAAUUGUCAAGAGCACCUGGUGUCUUGGUAGGUCAUCAGCAUGACAGCUCCGAGUUUUUGGGCUUCUUAUUCAACAAACUACAAGAUCAAGAGAAUACCUUCAACUUCUCUUGUAAUUUCUCUGAAGAGAGUGGAGAAGCUUUCACAACGCUGGUGCAAACUUUUUUCAGCAGCAAGAUGUUGACUGUUUCACGAUGUUUGAUUUGUGGAACGGAGAGCGAUCGUGUCGAUCUAUUUAGGGAGCUGCAACUGUCCUUCCCUAACACCAACUACUGUCAGAAUCAGACCGUGCAAUCGCUGCUGGAACCAGUCAUUCAUUGCUAUUAG